AGACCCCUUCGGCUACUUAAACACUUCAUGGAAUUUCGCCAACAAAACAGAAGGAUUCAUAUGUAAAUUUACUGGGAUCGAUUGUUGGCACCCCGACGAGAGUAAGGUCCUAAACAUCCGCCUCUCAGACAUGGGACUCAAAGGCCAGUUCCCCAAGGGUAUUGAGAACUGCACUAGCUUGACAGGUUUAGAUCUUUCCAGCAACAAUCUCUCUGGACCCGUUCCAUUGGAUAUCUCUAAAAGGCUCCCUUUUGUAACCACCCUUGAUCUCUCCUCAAACGAUUUCAGUGGUCCGAUCCCAGCAAGUCUUGCGAACUGUUCCUAUUUGGCCUCAGUUAAACUCGACAACAACCAAUUAACAGGGAGUAUCCCGAUUGAAUUCAGUGGGCUCAAUCGGCUCAAGACAUUUAGUGUCUCCAACAAUCGCUUAUCCGGACGUAUCCCUCACUUUUCUAGCGCCAAUGCUACUAUUUCAGCAGAUAACUUUGCGAAUAAUCUGGGACUCUGUGGACCUCCUUUGGAUAAUGAAUGCAUUGGAGCUCCUAAGAAAUCACAUGGUGCAGUUAUCAUCGGAUCGGCAGUUGCUGGAGUGGUUGUUACACUUUUAGUCGUUUCUGUUGUCGUCUUCUUGUUGCUUAAACUACCAAUAAUCAGCGGUAGUAAACAAGACAUCAAGAGAAACAGAUGGGCAAAGGCCCCUCUAAAGAUGUUGUCAUUUCUCAUUUUUCUUUUGUCUGGUAUUAUUUUCGCAAGUUUGGAAGCUAGGAAGAAGUUUGGUCCUACCUUCAUGAGCGGAUAUAUGGUUGGCUGGGGAAUGAGCAUGCCUCCAUCUAUAGCUUUUCUUUCCAUUUAUUCUCGCUGGAUGUCUAAGAGGAAGCAACAACAUCAGAAAAACAAGCAACAAAAUAUAACGGGUGGAACCAUGAACAUCACCAAGACCUCUCUGUCGGAGGAAGUAGUCACCGAAAUUAGUCUUGGCGAACUCAUGAAGCUCACCAACAAUUUCAACCAAGCCAACAUCAUCGGUUCAGGGAGGACAGGGACCAUAUACAAGGCCAAGCUCCAAGAUGGAACUCUGCUUGCAAUUAAGCGGUUCCAGGAUUCUGAACAUGUUGAGAGACAAUUCAAAUCCGAGCUUAUGAUUCUAGGCAAAGUGAAACACCGCAACCUGGUCCCACUUUUGGGCUUCUGCAGUGCUGAAGAGCAGCUCUUGAUCUAUAAAUACACGCCCAACGGGAACCUCUACGAUUUACUCCAUCCUGAGGAAGCCAAUGGCAAGGCCAUAGAGUGGCCUCAGAGACUUAGAAUUGGAAUUGGGCUGGCAAGAGGCCUGGCGUGGCUGCACUAUAACUGUGACAAUCGCAUUGUCCAUCGCAACAUAAGCUCCAAAUCCAUUCUGUUGGAUGAGAACUUCGAACCCAAGUUAUCAAAUUUUGGAUUCGCCACGCUUCUCAACUUGGAUGAGUCCCAUAUGAGUAGUACUACCUUCAUGACAUGUGAAGCGGACAUGGAUUAUGUUGCUGCUGAGUAUAUACAGACACCAGUGCCAGCCCUGAAAAGGGAUGUCUAUAACUUUGGAGUUGUGCUUCUGGAGCUUCUCACAGGAGAGAAACCAACCCAUGUGACAAAAGUUUCAGAGAGCUUCAAUGGUGGUUUAGUCGAGUGGAUCGCCCAUCUUUUAGAUAGAAACUCAAGUCCCUUCUGUGCCAUAGACAAAUGCUUAAUUGGAAAGGGAUUUGAUGGAGAAAUCAUUCAGUCUCUUAGAAUUGCUUGUAACUGUGUUCUGUCUUCACCGAAAGAAAGGCCAAAGAUGUUUGUAGUUUAUCAAACUCUAAAGGCUGUUGGGCAGAGAUACGACUUCACAGAUCAAGAUGAUCUCUUGAUUUGAAUAUGUCAAGGCUACCUUUUUGCUUCUGUCACCAGAAGAUGAUCUCUUGAUACGACUUCACAGAUCAAGAUGUAAUUUUAUGCCAUUUGACUCUGUCACCAGAAGAUGAUUAUCUCCAGGCUACCUUUUUGCUUCCCCCAAGUGGGCUUCCCCCACACUAGUUCUUCGUGUACUAGGAAAAUUACUUGUUUUUUUUAGUUCAUGGAAAUUCCCUUUUUUUCCAUAGAAUGAUUUUGGUCCGUGGAAUUUAGGGAGGAUUUUUCGUAUUGAAACUUCAAAUUAGGAGAUCUUGCAGGGACCUCAAGCAAAUCCCCUGUUUUCUUAUUAAGAAUGAUAGAUGUUUCACGGCCAA